CCGUGUCUGACUGAGAACUGCAGCUACAAGGCGCAGAGGGAGAAUGACGGAGGAUGACUGGCGAUACACUCAGCACAGGCGGCCCUGUAACCCCUCUGUAACCCCCCUGUAAUCGACCUAUCGCUUGCAUGAGGCCUUGUUGUCUUCCUAAAAGGGUAUCGUGAGAUACCAAGAGUUAUUAAUCAGAAAACACAAAAAAAAGCUGCUUUUUUGCCGUUGAUCGAUGAUAUCUCCACCACUUUUUCCUGUACCCCUUAACGAUCUGAGUCACCGAUACUUUGAACUCGUGGCUAUCGAAUGCAGCCCUUUUUUUCCAUUUCUGAAUGAUUAUCUAAAGCGAACGGUGCCCGAUUUAGCGGUGUUUAGACAAGCGCAUAGGGCGGUGAGGAGCUGGGCUAAAGGAAGGGGGGUGUAUGCUCAGCGGUUUGGGAGAAGGAGGAGAAGCAGCUGCAGAACAUGGAGAUGCAGGUCAAGAAGGGCCAGCGACGCCACAGCCAACAACAAGAGCUGGGGCAAGUGCAAGAAGUUAAACGACCGCCCUAACGACGUAAAAAACGAUAAAUUCGCCGACUUGUCGUAUCAUUGGCAUCCGGGCAUCCUGCUAUCCGUUCUGUUGUCCCAAAUAAACACCUUGACAGGUCUUGGGCACUUGACCUCGGUGAGUAAAUACCGUAUCCACCGCCGCUAUGCGCAGCUUGAUAUGAGUAUGCCUGGAGACUGGUGCAAGCAUCCAUUGACGACGGGAAUGAAUAAAUCGCGAGAAAGUGACGGCACAGUCAAACACAAGGGCCAAAGGCGGCGCGGCGUUACAUCUUGGCCGAUCAACCUCCGUGGGAUCCGCGACAUGGAAAGGACGGAGUAAUGGAAUGGCUACCUUGGGACCUAAUAAAUGACUUAUAGCAGUCACGGCAAUGGCUUGAGGUAGGUGAAGGGCGGCGCAAGGUCCGUUGUUCAGCAUUGAAGAUCGGAGACUGGUUAGUGCCAAACGACGACAGCAAAGUCGAAGAUUGAGGUCCCAGUCAUUCCCAAGCCCUUACUUCCAUAUGGCCAGCAUACAACCAACAAAUGUCAGCAUCAAAGUAAUAAACGACACAUUGUAUGGCUGACUUUGGGGCAGUGACAAUGAUCGGAAUCCUGGAACAGCGGUAGCGCGGGAUGUGCCUGGCGAUCCGUCUUCAGCCGCGUAGACCAGCGGUACACAGUCCC